UUGAACCGGAGCUCCCACCGAGCCUGCUCGGUCGAUCUAGCCGUUCAAGGUUGCGCGUGGAUCUAACCGGGUGCGGAGAUUGCGUGAGGCCGUGAGAUUAAGAUGGCCUCAAAUUUUGCCACUCGGUACAAAAAAGAUCUGAGCAUUGAGACACUCAAGACGAAACUUGUGCGCCGAAAGUCCAUGUUUCAAAAAGAGAGUAGGCACAAGGAAUUUAAUAAGGGCAGACAAUUUGGACUAGUUGAUGUGAAUACGCAGCCAUCAAGAGACAAAGCUCUUUCUCAGCUGGAAGAAAGAAGCAAAAGGUGCUUGCCAAAGCCAAAUCUUGCAGCCAAGACUCGUGAACAAGAGCGCCUGGAAAUGCUUCAGCGCUACAAAGCUGAAAAAGAACUUCGCAAGCUUAAAGAUCAGAGAGACAAACCCAUUUUUAAAUGUGGACAAUUCAAACCGGAGGUCCCUGCUUUUCUCUCAAAAGCAUCACAGAUCCCAGUAUUGAACAAAUCAAAGGAGAAAGAAGCUCCAGCUGUAAUGCGAGUAACAAGGUCAAAGUCAAAAAAACAAUUGCCAGAACCAAGGAGGCCACAGCUCUCAACGAUUGCGUCUAGCUAUACCAGCAAGGGCUACAGUCUGCAGAUAGCUCAGCAUGAACAGAAGCAGAUCUACAUAGACAAACCUUCCAAAAAAGAGAGUAGAGAGGUGCAGUCUGCCAUCUCAGGAACCACACGUGGAAGAAUGACAAGAGCAGCAGCAGCAGCCAAGUCCAAAAUACCACAAAUAUCACAACCAAAUAUAACUUCAAGUGAUCUGCCACAGAAAAGAGUUACAAUUAAAGGAAAGCAGCAAAAAGAGAUAAUGAAGAAAGAGACAACACAGGUAGCACACAGUACGAAUCAAGAUAUUCUAGUGGACCAAAAGAAAGAAGAGGUGAAGCUUCAACCGGCUGCAAGCAGUGAACAGAAUAAGGCCUUCCUUGAGAAAGAAAACGUGCCAGCACCCCCAAAAAGAAGCCGUUCGUUUGCCCCUCAGAAUUUUGUCUUUAAGCCUCCCGAAGGCUUGACCACCUAUAAGGUGAAACCAAUGACCCCUUCCAGGGCAAAUGUGUUCUUAUCACCCAAUCUUUCAUGGAGCCCCUCAGAAACAACCAAUGAAGUCUACAAAGAAGAAGCACAAAAUUAUGAUCCACAGUUGUCCCCUAACCCAGAAGUGACAAAGGAAGCCACUGAAGGACACCAAUAUGCCCUGGAUUUAUUGGAAGAAGUUAUAGCAGAACGUGUGCCCAAUGAAAUGAGGGAUAAUGUUGCUUUUGAAAGUGAGAGCAGUGAGCAGCAACCAAGCUUACUAGUAACUGAAAUAUCAGAGCCAACAACAAAGCUCCAGCAUGAUGUGCCCUAUUUCAGAAACAUUCUUCAGUCUGAGACAGAGAGGCUGGCGUCGCUUUGUCUUGAAUGGGAUGAAACUGUUGAAAUGGAUAUUCCGGAGGAGGCAAAAGAUCUUGUCCGCACAACCGUUGGGCAAACCAGACUGUUGGUGGCAGAGAGAUUCAAACAGUUUGAAGGGCUGAUAGAUAACUGUGAAUUCAGACGUGGAGAGAAAGAGACAAUGUGUGCAGAUCUGGAUGGAUUCUGGGAUAUGGUGAACUUUCAAGUAGAAGACAUAAACAAAAAAUUUGUGACCUUGAAGAAGCUUCGGGUGAAUGGGUGGCAAAUGGUGGAUGAUGCUCAGGCCCAAAGACCUGCCAAGAAAAAGCCCAUCCUUCGAAGAACCACCAAAGCAGCAGGGGGGUCUGCUGAAAGGAGAGCAGCCAGAAAACGUCUUGCAGCUGUAAAAGCAGCCAUGAAGAACAAGAAAAAAGAAGGGUUGGCAGUAGAGGCUUCAGGCCAAGGAACACCCAAAGAAGCAGAACGGAUAUUUGAUGGAGGUUUUUUCCAAAUUGAAUCUCCUGCUAAACCUUUUCCAGGCUGGACUCCUAAAUCCACCAGCAGGAUUUCCCGACGGAUGACCCCAAGGUCUGCCAGUAAGGCUUUGAUUCAGAGUUGUGCGGAGAUCUGUGUUUUGAGACAAGGCACACCUAGUACGUCCAAAGCGAUUCCUCCUUUUCCAGAUCCGAAGGCAUUCUCAGAUCCUGCUGGAAGUGACCACCUUGGCUCCACAUCUGAACAAAGUGGCACUCAAGCAACAGAGGAACUAUGUGCCAUAACAGACAUGGCAGAAAUAGCAACUGAUGCACAAACAGCCAGCUGCGACAAGCGCUCAUCCUCGAGGGACAUGGAUGUUUUGGAUUCUGCUAAUUACCAAUUUAAAAAUGAAGUUUCAGAAAUUGGAGAUGAGAUGAAACACACCACUGCAGAUGAGGUCAAACAGGGUGUUCUCAGUCCUACAGAGGAUUCUCAGGCUGCAGAAACUUGUGAUCAAAAUGAAGUACGGCAUACACCAGAAUGCUCUCUUCUCAGUUUCUCCAGUGAUGAUGGAAUCCUUGAUCUCCAGCCAAAUCUGGAUGCCAGUUCUUUCUUCACUCCUCUGAGGAACAAGGCUGAAAAAAGUGUGUCAGCUGAUUCAUGCAACGACCUUAUUGUAUUCUCACCUCUUCCUCUCCCAGACAAGGAGAAAUAAGUUAAAUUAUAUUUAAAAACUUCAUAUGCACACUUAAUUAAUGGGUGCAAAAAGAAUAUAAGAUUUCUUUUCAUAAGUUUUAGUUCCAUUAAUAUACUGAACUGUCAUUUCAAAAGUAUACUUCUGCUAGAGAGAAUCUGAAUUAUAGGAUGUUGUGUGGUCUGUAUCUGUUGAAUAUCCAUCUUUAGUGGAACUGGACUUGAGGAAAACUGUUCUGAAUUGGCUUGACUAUACCACUGGUAAAAUAGUUCGGAUCUCAAACCUAAAUAGUUGCUUGUCAUUAAGUGUGGUAAUGGGUGGGAGAGAGAGGGGGGGAAAAAAGUAUCUUAAUUAUUUGGCUGCUGCAUUUUAAAUGUCUAUUUUCUUUAAUCUUAAUAAUCAAACUUAUACUUCAAUGUAUAACCACAAUUAUUAAAGUUCUGUAAACUAGAUUAUUCUCUCAUCUAUGUGGUGAUUUGUACCUGCCUUCUAUCUGAAUUUUUUUAGCAUUCUUUCCUCAGCCACUGCCUCUCAGAUUUAUUUUUAAAUCAGGGUAAUUAAGUAAAAAAAUAUAAAUUUAAAUAAUUGCUUUAAAUCAAGUUCUCCACCGAUACUAUUUCUAAAACAGUUGUGUAGAUCUGAUCACUGAAUCAUAACUGAGUAGUAAGCUGGUUCACACAUGAUAUUAAGUCAUGAUUAGUAUUGCUAUCACCCAGCCAAUUAAACUAAGUUAUAAACCAAAUGUGGACAGCUCUGUUAAGCCUCGGAGAGUUACAAGGCAUGCCUGGUAAUACUGUACACUGAUGUCACUGAAUGAAGGGGAUGAAAAAUGUUGGCCUUUAAGAGGAGCUUAAACCAAAAUCUUUCUUUUAAGUCCCAUGUUUUGUAUCUGAUUUUUGCAUAAAAUGACCUGCUGAAAAUCACCAAUUUUCCUGUCAAAUUUCAGCUCUCUGACAAUGCUGUGAGGAUUCCAAAAUAGGGUUUGGAUGGGAGGACACACACAUCUGGCCAAUCAGUUACCUAUAUCAGUUAUAAACCUUGGUUCACAAACUGCUAACUGCGGCUAAUUUUACACAACAGACUAAGCCUGAAGCAAUCCAUGGCUUAGUGCAAUUGUGAAUCAAGCCAAAUAUGUCCAUCCGAUAUGAGAGGCAGCAACUUAAGAGACUGAGGCACGGAGACUUCUUCCCAUGCUUUUGAUAGCCUUUUCCUGGAGACUGGUGAAUGCGCUUGAUAGUCUUGGCAUCAGAGCAGGUAUGUCCUAUCCUCUAGGCCAGUGUUUCUCAACCUUGGCAACUUUAAGACGUGUGGACUACAACUCCCAGAAUUCUCCAGCCAGCAUUCUGGGAAUUGAAGUCCACACCUCUUAAAGAUGCCAAGGCUGAGAAACAAUUCUUCAUUACCAGUGCUUACAGUCCUUCUGUGUGGCCCAAAAAGGUAAAAAGCUACAGCAAAAACAUACAUCUGUGUAAUCAUACUAUAUGGAGAAUGUCACUGAAACAAGCCAAUCUUGGAAUGCUUGAAAAAUGAAUGAAAG